CAUACCACUCACCCCCACUUCUCUCUCUUUCUUACACACUCUUUGCUCUCUGCUCUGCUAGUGCUGCCUUUUUGUUGCUAAGCCAAGUUCCAUUUUUUCUCUCUCUUCGAGCUAUGGGGUGGACUAUCGUUUUCUUUCGAAAGAAACCCUCGUGAAGUGCAUGUGAAGCUUGCUGAGAGAUCUGGAAUUUAAUGAUCGAAACGGCUCGCUUCGCUUCCUUUUUUUCCCUGAUUCAGUUGAGCUCAAAUGUUGCUUCUUUAAUUCGAUGGGGUCUUUGAAAUACUGGGAUUCUACAAUCUUAUGUGGAGUAGCUGGAGGGAAAGUUUGGGAGAUUGGUAGUUCCUUUUGAAAUGUAUUUUGUGAUUUGCGAAACUGGCUACAAUUGAGUAUGAGGGUCGCUAUUUUCCAUUUUUGUGGAGGCCCAUCAUAUGCGUUGGAUUUUUGGCAUUAUUAUAGCGCUUCCGAUUUAUUAAUGGGAUUAGCUUUUGUACUGCCAUAAUUGCGAAAGUUCAGUACAAAUUAAAGGCAAAAAAAUGCGAUAUUUUCUGAUUUGCUUACUUGAUUUAGAAAAGAUUCUGGCGUCAGACUUGUUAGGGUGCUGAUCAUGACAAGGGCUGUGCGCAGUAGGAUACUCAAAGAUGCGAAUGGUGAUAUUAGCGAUCAUCUACGCAACCAUAUCCAUUUAACAAAUUGCAUUCACUUGAAGAACCAUAUGCACAAAAACAGCCCCAUUCUUGCUGAUAGGUCGCUUAUGAGGGAACUAGUUGUGUUGCAGAGAUCGCGCUCUCUGAGAGACCCUUCAGCAAGUCCUUCUUCAUGGCAUUCUCCUUCUAUAAUUGAGGUGCUUUCCAAGAGGGUUGACAAUGACGUGGUGCUUCAGGAGGGAAGAAGGUCUGUAGGAAUUGAACGCCGGAAAGAAGGAAGGAGAUUGUCUGGAACCUCACCACCUGUUGUUAAUUUAGGUCCAUCAAAAGUUGCUCCGGGUGAGGAGAGCCGGGGUAAUGAUGGAGUGUCAGCAAGUAGAGACCGCAGCAGCAGGAGUGGAAUUGGGGACGGGCGGAAAGUUGGAAGAGAAGAGUCUGGUCGGAAGAGCGACAGGCCUGAUUAUAUGGGUCCCAGCAAAGAGCAACUUCACAGUCAGCUUGGCAAAGAUUUGACUGAAGAUGUUGUUUCAAGGCAUUCUGAAUCUAAAGAGAGAAAGAGCAAACAAAGGGGGAAGCAUGUUCAAGAUGUUCAGUUCAAGACCCUUUCUGAGCAGCUGAACGAUGUUCCACUGGACAGUGAUGAUUUGGCAUCUUCAAACAAUAAUGUCCAAAGACGGUUUCCUAGGCAGCAGAAAAUUAUUGAGGCGCCCGAAGCCAGCACACGUGGUCAUGGAAAUGGAGUGAACAGAGGAAAAAGGCGUAAAUUUCGGAGUGCAAGAAGAGCUCGGGCUUCUGCGGCAUCUAAAGAUGUCGGUGCUGAGAAUGAACUGUCUGUUGCUUCGAACUCAUUUGCUUAUGGUUCAGCCCACCAUAGAUAUCACAUGGAAGAGCCAGAUGAAUAUGGAGAGGAAAAUGUCACCAGGGCACCCAAAAAUGGGUGUGGCAUUCCUUGGAAUUGGUCUAGAAUUCAUCACAGAGGCAAAACAUUCCUUGACAGGGCUGGACGAAGUUUCUCUUGUGGCUUAUCUGACUCAAGACUAAAAAAAGGGGCAUUGGAUGCCAAUGGAAGAAAUAUUUCUGAUAUGCCAGUGGCAUCUGACCAAUCAAGCUCAUUUACCAGGUCUGAUGGAGAGGCAAUGCCGCUGCUAGUUGAGGCAUCUGGAUCUCAGGGAAGUACUGAGAAUGCUUGUUGGGGCCAUGACUAUUCCGGAGAGCUUGGUAUUUUUGCUGAUAACUUAUUGAAGCAUGACAUUGAUUCUGACCUCGCUUCUGAUGUUAGAUCUGGGGAUCAGCCUAAGAUGAGAGUGAAUCGCCAUGGCAGGCAUCAAAGCUUAACGCAAAAAUAUCUACCCCGAACCUUCAGAGAUUUAGUUGGGCAGAAUUUGGUGGCACAAGCUCUUUCAAAUGCAGUCAUGAGAAGAAAAAUUGGAUUUCUUUAUGUGUUUUAUGGACCCCAUGGCACUGGAAAAACUUCAUGUGCUCGGAUAUUUGCUAGAGCUUUAAAUUGUCAUUCUUCUGAACACCCAAAACCAUGUGGCUUUUGCAAUUCUUGUGUAGCACAUGAUAUGGGCAAGAGCAGAAGUAUAAGGGAAGUUGGUCCAGUCAGUAAUUUUGACUUUGAGAGCAUCAUGGAUCUACUUGACAAUAUGAUUGUUUCCCAGCUUGCAUCACAAUACAGAGUGUUUAUUUUUGAUGAUUGUGAUACUCUGUCAGCUGAAUGCUGGAGUGCCAUAUCGAAGGUCAUUGAUCGAGCUCCUAGACGUGUGGUUUUUAUUCUUGUUAGUUCGUCUCUUGAUGGAUUGCCUCAUAUAAUCAUAUCCAGGUGCCAGAAAUUUUUCUUCCCAAAGCUGAAGGAUUCAGACAUUAUGUAUACAUUACAGAGGAUUGCAACUAAAGAGGGUCUAGAAAUUGAUAGGGAUGCCUUGAAACUUAUUGUAUCAAGAUCAGAUGGAUCGUUAAGAGAUGCUGAGAUGACCCUUGAACAACUUAGUUUGCUUGGCCAGAGAAUAUCAGUUCCUCUUGUGCAGGAAUUGGUUGGGCUUAUCUCUGAUGAGAAAUUGGUCGAUCUGCUUGAUUUGGCACUCUCCGCAGACACAGUCAACACUGUAAAGAAUCUGAGGGUGAUAAUGGAAACUGGUGUUGAGCCGCUUGCCUUGAUGUCUCAGCUUGCCACUGUAAUUACUGACAUACUUGCUGGGACCUAUGAUUUCACAAGAGAUAGGAGGAGAAGGAAGUUUUUCCGGAGAAAUCCAUUAUCGAAAGAAGAUAUGGAAAAGCUACGCCAAGCUUUGAAAACCUUAUCUGAGGCUGAGAAGCAGUUGAGGAUGUCCAAUGACAAACUAACCUGGCUGACAGCUGCGUUGCUUCAACUUGCUCCUGACCAGCAAUAUAUGCUGCCAACAUCAUCUGAUAAUAGUUUCAAUCAUAGUCCCUUGCCCCUAAAUAAGGUAGAUGGGAGAGAAGCAGCCCGGAGAACAAGUACUAAUGUUGAAAUUCCUCGCAAAGAGAGACGUUUAUCAAUGGAUUCUAGAAUAGAGAAUGUCCAUGCUGGUAGCUCUGCUGAUGGCGUGGCAAAGAGUCUUAGUUCAGAUAAUAAAAGACUUGCUGUGGCUGGUUUUGUGCCUCAACAGACAUCUUCACAUGUUACCGAUGUGAUUAGAAUGAAUGACAGACAGACUCUGGGUAAAAAUCGGAAAGGAACUGAAGAGAUAUGGUUAGAGGUGCUUGACAGAAUUCAGGUUAAUGGUGUAAAAGAGUUUUUAUAUAGAGAAGGGAAGCUGGCCUCUGUUAGUUUUGGUGCUGCUCCAACUGUCCAGUUAAUGACCAGUUCCCAACAGACGAAAUCUACUACUGAGAAGUUCAGGGGGCAUAUUUUACAGGCAUUUGAAUCUGUCCUUGGAUGUUCAGUAACGUUAGAAAUUAGAUGUGAAUCAAGCAGAGAUGCAGGAUCAGGGUCUCAACUCCCUCUUAUACUGCCUUCCACUAAAGAUAGUUCUGUAGAAAAGAAAAUGAGUGAAAUUGUAGAAGAAGAAACUUCUCUGAAGGACCCUAAGAAUAACGAGAAGCAAGCUGAUGUUAACAAAAAGCCAAUUGUGACUUCACACUUGGAAAGAAGGAGGCUCAGGGAACAAGGUCAGAGCCGAAGCAUUGUGAAAAGUAAGGUAUCUCUUGCUCAUGUAAUCCAGCAGGCAGAAGGACAUACACAGCGCAGUGGGUGGUCAAAACGCAAAGCAGUUUCCAUUGCUGAAAAGCUUGAACAAGAGAAUCUGAGACUAGAGCCAAGAUCAAGGAGCUUGCUAUGCUGGAAAGCAUCACGAGUAUCCCGGCGGAAGCUUUCGCGUUUGAAAGUUAGAACCAGAAAAUCUCAUGCGUUGUUGAAUCUGGUCUCAUGUGGAAAAUGUCUCACUUCUAAAUCUCCAAGGUCAAGCCUCUUUCUUUAUUUGUUUAGUCUAAUAAAGAGCUCGAGAUUGUAUAUCUGACUAAGAAAAUGUAGGAAAGUAGUCAAUUCCAAUUCAGUGAUAUCAUAUGGUUUCUCCUUCUUAGCGGCAAUAAAAUUCCUUGUAGUUUCAAUUUA